AUGUCAAGAAAUCAAAUAACAGGAAAAUUAGAAGCUGUUGGAGAUACAGUAGAACCAUUUCAUUUUAUUUUACAUCCAAAAGAUGAACAAAAUUUAACUUGUGAAGAUCAAGAUAAAGGAAAAGAAUUAUAUUCACUUUUACUUCAGCAUGAAAUUAUUCAAGGAGAUACAAUAAGAAAAAUAUUUCGAAAUAAUUCACAAGAACGAGAUAAAAUAGAAAAGAUAAUU